AAGCACCCCAUUUUGAGAGGAAAAACUCUGCAAGUAUUCAUCUUCCAUAGCUGGAUACGAGCUCAGGGAAGGAAGGUCCAAAAGAGGAAGAUUAAAGAGAGAAAAAGUUGGGAAAAGUGUGAAUAAUUAAGGCACUUGUAAAGGGUAUUUCAAGUGAUUUCACAAAGUUGGAAAAGUCGCCGGAAUUGUCGCCGGAGUUGACCAAAAGUCGCCGGAGUUUCACCGGAGUUCAACCAAGAAGGGUAGAACUUCAUACGCUAGUUCAAGGUUGAAGCUAGGGCUUGCUACCUGCACCUUUCUACGGGUGACAUCAAAUCAAGGAAGACGUGGUUCGUGCUUCCUCAUUUUAUUUCAAAUUACCAAACAUUGCUCAUGGAUAUUUUUAUUUGUUAUAAACUACUUUUGGGGCUUGCAUGCCCAUGUUGUUGGCCGGUUGUGGCUUAUGACUUACCGUUGAAUAUUUCCGCUAUUCAUUGGUUUAAGUGUGAUGUUGUUAUGUAUGUUUACUACUGAGUAUGGAUGGUUUAUAUUCUCGAACGCCUUGUGUAAUUAAGUGAGGUUGACUCGCGGGUGACGUCACUUGAUUAUACGGCGGUUGUACACGCGCUUGGAUUGCGGUCUGGGGCGUGACAGAUACACUCCAUCUGGGUAGAGUAUGUCAAAAGAAGAAAAAAGCAGAAGGCAAAAAAGACAGAAGAAGAUGAUUUCUUGCCUCCAAUGAGAGAAAUCCAUGGACCAUUCCCAGAAGAUCCAACAGAUACGGUGGAUGAAGAAAAAUUGCAAGAAAUGGAAGAUUUCUUGCAAGUUGGGCUUCUAAAGGUUAUGAACACUAAAGAGAUAAGAUACAAGAUUGGUGAUGAAAACAUGAAUGCAUGCCCAUUGGUGCUGGACACCUUCAAAAUUGAAGCUAAAACUUGGUUGUAUGACCUUUGGACAAACCAUACAUGGUUAAUUGAUUUGCAUAUAGAUGUGGGGAUGUACUAUUUAGCGAUGAAGCGUGCACAUUACAAGCUGCCACAGAGAUACACCACUGCAAGGUCUUUUUCAUUGAGAUACUCAAGAGGGAGUAUGAAUUGAUGUUAAAUGGACAAAGCAGUGUUAAAAAAUCUGGAGAAAGGAACACAUUAUAUCAUACCAUUUGGGGAAUAUAGAUUCUUUCUUUUUACACUGGGGAGAAACAGAUUUUGUAUAUAUUCCUCUAAACACCAAUAAACAUCGGAUUUUACUGGUGCUUGAGGUGAAACAAAGGAACGUCAAAGUAUACAAUUCAAGCAAGAGGAGAGGUGAUCCACUGAGAGAUAUUGCUUCCUACAGAGCAACUAUUGAGAAGUUUCUGCCACAAGUGAUGGACUACCACGAAGUUUACGAAACAAUGGAACCUGAACCUAUGCAACAUAGGAAACUUGUUAUCGAAGCAGUAAAAGAUUGCCC